GGAAAAUGUGAUCCAAGCAAGAAGAAGCAGCAGAAAGACUUUGAAAAAAGGACUUUAAAAAAAAGAAAAUACAAGGACAUAAAAGUUGGUGACUCUGUGUUAAAAUACAAUGCAGCCAGAGCUGCAAAAAAAUCAAAAUCUAAUAUAGACAAGUCUUACACAGGCCCUUAUAUUGUCAGAAGUAUCGUAGGGGGCAGGGCUCAGUUAGAAAGAAAUGGUACUGCACUCAAAGCAUUAGUGAGCAUUAAUCACUUAAAGUUAUUUCAUACAUCAGAGGAAGAUAAAAAACAUGAUGAAUCAGAUAGAGUGAAUUCUCAGGUUGAAGUGGAAAGAAAUGGUAAAAAAUGUGAUGAAUCUAAAAAAUGUGAUGAUUUCAGUGUGUUUAAUUCUCAGGAUAAAUCAAAGAAAGUGAAGAAAAAAAAUGAAACAAGUGCAACCAAACCCUCACAACAGAAGGAACAAAUUCAAGCUUAUAUUCAGGAUUUAUCUGAUCAAGGAAAACAUGAUGAAUCAGAUGGAGUGAAUUCUCAGGUUGAAGUGGAAAGAAAUGGUAAAAAAUGUGAUGAAUCUAAAAAAUGUGAUGAUUUCAGUGUGUUUAAUUCUCAGGAUAAAUCAAAGAAAGUGAAGAAAAAAAAUGAAACAAGUGCAACCAAACCCUCACAACAGAAGGAACAAAUUCAAGCUUAUAUUCAGGAUUUAUCUGAUCAAGGAAAGAUUAACCAACUAUUUGACAUUGUAGAGAACAUCCAGUUACAAAAGCCAUCAUCUUUGUUCCAUGCUAGUAAUCUUCUACAGACAUGCCCUGUGUACAGUUUAGUGAAUGAGAUGGAACGACUUCAUGCAGAUGGUGUGGAGGAAGUGGCUGCACAACUUCUACCACUUCUUCGAAAGAAAGAUAUGACCCUGUCUAGGAGGAGGGAUGUUGUAAUGAUAUUGUCCAGUUUAUGUUACAAAGCCCUUCUGAACUAUGAGUGUCCUGUUAUUCUUGCGGAAACACUGAAGAUUUGUCCCUCCCACCUUAGUAGAACAGUCGAACUGCCAAGCCUCAACACUGAUGAGAGAAUCAAUGUGGUAGGGGAAACUUUAGAUAAAGAAGACAUGUCAACGCUAGAAGAGGGUCAGUGGCUAAAUGAUAAGGUUGUGAAUGCCUUUUUGGCCUUAUUGAAAGUGGAAAAAAACAGAGGAGAUACCCAUGUAAUUGUCCUCCCUAGCUACGUUGCUGUGCUUUGGCAAGCUGGCAACUAUGAUAGUUGGUUGUUUCUAAAGAUCUCUUUCUGUAUGUUCAGUUGUAUUCUGCUGCCAAUUUGUGAUAAUGGUCACUGGAUCCUCAUGGUUGUGUCUCCGUCUGAAAGGAUUGUAAGGGUGUAUGAUUCUCUUCAUGGAGACCAUCAAAAAUACUUCAGUCACUGGCUUUUUUACAAUUUUGAAACAAAACAUUGCAAAACUGUUGGUCCUUCAUGCGUCUCCGAAGAGAAGCUUGAAAACUGGCAGUUCGUCAGGGGUUGCUCUAGCAAACAAGAAGAUGGUAACAACUGUGGUACUUUUGUCCUAAUGAAUGCUGAAGCCAUCAUAAAAAACAUACCAACUUUGGUUAUGCGGCAAGCACAUUGUGAAACAUACAGAAAGUAUGUAACAAAAAGACUUCUUAUGGAAGGGAAAAGAAGAAAUGAAGAAACAUGUGAUUUCGUAGACUCUUGUAGUGGGCCACAUAAAAAGUGGAUCCAGUGUGACUGUUGUGGGAAGUGGUUACACAUGAAAUGUGCUCAAGUAAAAAAAGUGGAUCCCAGUUAUAUGUGUGUUUUGUUGUGCCUUAUACAAGUGAUUCAGAUUGAAACUAUUAAACUUCCAAAUUGUAUGACAGUCAAUAGGAAUCUUCUGGACACAUUCCUGAAUUAAAAGUUCAGAUAUUUUUUUCAUCAUGUAUUAUAGCAUAUAUCAUAUCACCAACUGUAACCAUGCAUGCAGCAGUGGACUGGUGUUAUUUGUCAUUUCAGUAUAACUUUCAGUUGCUUUUCAAAGUCAUUUAUUGGUUAAUGUUUUUGGUAAAGCCCAAUGUAUCUCUAUUAUAACCAAAUCUAUUUACUUAAAACUUAAAAUGUUUUUUUACUAUUUGUGUCUACACCAGGAGAAACAAUCCUCACCACUCCAAUUUUUACAUAGUUAUGCUUCUUUUUAUUGUAGAAUUUUUGGGUUUAAGUUUUUUUUUUGAUGAAGUGCAAUAGAUCUUUUACUAUCAAAGUUGUUGACAUGAAAUUUAAAAUUUGCAGUAGCUCUUUUAAGUUUUACUGUCAAAGCUGUCAAAAUGAAAUAAAAAAAUUUAUUUACUAUAAAAGUCUACAACAGAAGAAACAAACUAUAAAACACUUAUUAUAAUCUUGGGCAGAGUUAUGCCCCCUUUAAACUUAGAUUUUAUUUGGUUCAAGUUUUUGAGAAAGUCAAAUAUCUCUGUAACUAUCAAAGCUUUUGACUGGAAACUUUAUGUUAUUUCAAAGUCUGCACCAACAAUUUUCGAUAACUGAUUAAAUUUUGAGUUAUGCCCCAUGUGAACUUAGAAUUUUUGGUUAAAGUUUUAGAAUAUUUUUUUUGGCAAAACUCUUGUUCAGAGUCACAAGCACAGAAAACUGUGUAUCGAGAUUAAUAAAGUAUUGAAUGAGCACUUUAUCAAAAAAAAAAAGAUGCAAAUAAUUUGAUUGAAAUCAAGUAUUUUGCUUAACUAAUUAAAGUUAAAUGAGGCUUUAAAUGUUACAUGAAAGACUGAUAGAACAAUUGCCCAAAUAGAUGUUAUACAUGUAUAUAUUAACAUUUUUAGGAAAGUAGUGCUUUCAACUGCACAUGAACACAUGUAGUUGGUUGUAUAUAGGAACCUCAGGGUUGAGCUUUUUUAAACUCUUAAUAUCUGUCUGUCAACAAUUUCUUCUGUGCAUGAUAGUGGUUUCACUUAUGAUUUGAUUUUAUAUAAACUCACACACAACUUGUAUCACAAUACGAUCUUGUUUCCUUUCAUGAUCCAGCCAUAUCUCACCAUAGGAUCCAGCCCUUGAAAGGGAAUAAUGGCUUUUUUCGCUGUUGUCUGAACGAAAGUGGUUUCAUAUAUGAUCUGAUUUCAACCAUACUUACACACUAGUAUCAACAUAAGAUUUUAUGAUUUUAUUGAGUUACAGCAUUCCAUUUAGAUUAAAUUUUUUUUUAUUUAAGCUGGUAUUUCAGUACCAACUAAUCAGGUGGAUGAAAUCUUCACAUUGUUGGGUCAAAUUUUUGUAUACAAGCUCAGCAUGGGCAUAUGGGAAUAGACUGAAAGUUCACACAUUUUUCUGCAGUGAUGACCUGACAUGUGGUUCUGGGACAAUCUGUGUAAUAAAAGAAUUUGUAGUCCUGUUUGGCACCAUAUAACCUAUACUGUGUUGUUGUGCCGUAAAACCAAAAUAAAUUUAUGAUACUGCUAUUUUGAACAGGCAUGUUUUGUGCCAGACAUUUGGGCACUCUUAUUUGCCUUUCAUAUGCCUUUAGUGACAAGGGUGUUGAGGGUUGCUGUCCUACUACAACUAUUGUUUGACUUUGUGUUUGAAACAGUUUGUGCCUGUGCACCAACUCAUCUUUUUCUGUUAAUGAUUAAAUAAAAAUCCCUAACUUUAUUAAAGUAGGAUGUGGUUGACUUUAUAUAUGUGUACCUAAAAAUUGAAAGGAAUGUUAUCUCAGAUAUAGUAAUACUAGUAUCCACUGGCCAGAUUUGUGUAAAAAUAUUUUCCCCACACACCAAUAAGAUUGUUUUUGUCAUUUGUCAGACUAUACAAGUGAAUUUGUCAGAAAUUUUAAUGUCUGUUGUGCUUAUUUGUUACCAGACAUUGAGAAACCACUUCCCUUUUAGAAAUCAUUUCCAUUUAUACCACACAUUGAGCCAAUCUCUGAAAUUACGUAAAUGGACACCUUGUUAUUCGUUUACAGGUUUUCAAAACAAAAUGUAAAUAUGAGAAGAAUGACAACAAACUUCACAUGUACAUUGAUGUACUUGGUUUUAGUUGUAUAGAAUAUUACUUUAGAUCGUUACUGUGUAUAACUGGAAGUGGAAAAUUUUAUAUUGGCAAUUGGUUUUAUGCCGCUGUUAAAACAUUAUUUGUUGCUGCUUUUGUAUAAGGUAGUUAUGAUGUUUAUUGAUGUGUCCUAUAAUACCCCCAUGUAUAUGUGUUUUCUUUAGAUAUAGUAAGUUGAUAAAAAGAUCUGAAUACUGUCUCGUUUAAGCAUGUUAAGUGCUACAUCACACAAAAGAAAAUGUAAGUUAUGUUAUAUACAUUUCUAUCUCUAAACAAUAUGUUAUCAUGAAAGAAAAGGAAAUAAAAUUCUGUUUAUUACUAUCA